AUAAAUAAAAAGAUGAGUUUUCACAUCCAUGGGUUCAUUGCCAUGAUACUUUCAGUCUUUCACGCUAUAGCUAGUCUUUAAUAUAUAUGUGUGGUACUAUCUAACUUUUUUUUUUUUUUUUUUUAUGUUGACGACAUUUCUUUUAUAAUUAUUUCCUGCCAUUUUCCUCGUACAGGUGGUUAUUACUACGAAUCCUUACACAUAACAACAAUACUUACAAUCACACCACAUAUAUAUAUUUAUAUAUAUAUAUAUCUGCAAAAUAGAAAUUUUAAGUAUAAAAAUGGAGAAGCUUCUUAAUCACUACGAUAAGGAGUGCAUGAAGAUGGCUAUGUUAAAGCACGAGGAAACAUUUCGAGGCCAGGUUUACGAGCUCCACCGUCUCUAUCAAAUACAGAAGUUGCUAAUGAAAGAAAUCGCCAAAAGCCCGACGAAUUACAGAAGCGCGUCGUCGCGCAAAUUAGUCCAGCCCGAAUUGCAGCAGUUUAAUGUUCUGGAAUCCGGCGGCACGGUGGCUGCCGCCGCCGCCAAAUGCAGAUCAGUCGUUAUUACUGAAAUCGACGGACACGAUCAUCUGAUGAAUAGCGAUCUUGAGCUGACCUUGGGCCCGAAAAAAUAUUACACGAAGAAGGUCGUUAGCAAAGCCUGCGAGCAUGCAACUGACCAAUCAGAUUCCGGGCCGAGCUUUUCUUCUUCCUCCACAGGAUCGUGCCACGUGGCCAUGGGACGAAGAAACACGAGAAGAUCAGAUCACUACGAGUUGCAGAAGAAAUUGCCAGGCCCGGAAAUUAUGGCAAGUAAUAAUAAUAAUAGUAAUAAUCAAGAUAGAUUAAAUAGCAGCCCGCCUUGGAUUUUCCAGGCCUUGAGCCUCAACAUGACUUGAUAUAUAUUUAAUUAAUUAUCUUAAUUCUCUGAUUAAUCUGUGUGAUUAACUUUGUUGAUUAAUGUAUGUGAUUUUUAUUCUUAGAAUUUAUUUUUUCAUG